AUGGCUGCUCAGCAGGUCCCUACUUUCAAGCUCGUGCUUGUCGGUGACGGCGGUACCGGAAAGACCACCUUUGUCAAGCGUCACUUGACUGGUGAGUUCGAGAAGAAGUACAUGGCCACUCUUGGUGUCGAGGUGCACCCUCUUGGUUUCAGCACGAACUACGGUCAGAUCCAGUUCGAUGUCUGGGACACCGCCGGUCAGGAGAAGUUUGGUGGCCUCCGUGAUGGUUACUACAUCAACGGCCAGUGCGGCAUCAUCAUGUUUGACGUGACGUCGCGCAUCACAUACAAGAACGUUCCCAACUGGCACCGUGACCUCGUCCGUGUCUGCGAGAACAUCCCCAUCGUCCUCUGCGGUAACAAGGUCGACGUCAAGGAGCGCAAGGUCAAGGCCAAGACCAUCACUUUCCACCGCAAGAAGAACCUCCAGUACUACGACAUCUCUGCCAAGUCAAACUAUAACUUCGAGAAGCCCUUCCUCUGGCUCGGCCGCAAGCUCGUUGGCAACCCUCAGCUGGAGUUUGUUGCCGCCCCCGCCCUGGCCCCCGCCGAGACCAAGGUCGACAAGGAGCUCCUCGAGCAGUACAAGCAGGAGAUGGACCAGGCCGCUGCCCAGCCCCUGCCUGACGAGGGUUCUGACGAGGACCUGUAA